AUGGGAAUAACUAAUGAGCUGCUAUUCAAAUGUAGAGGAAAUUGGGGCGAACGCUCGGCGCGGGCCAUUGUUGCAGGCUCUUGGCGCGAAGCACAAGCCGUCAUGGAAAACCCCAUGGAACGAGGAUCUUUACCGACACAUUCACAGAAUGAACUCAUUAUGGACACAGAAUCAGAAUAUCUUCAGGAGCAGCUAACGCUGUUUCUAACUCACGUAAAAAUCGCGACAGGAAACGCAGUUCGAGCCGUGAACGUCGUCAUCGCCACAGCAGUUCCAAGUCGCGAGAUCGUAGACGAAGUCGAAGCAGGGAUAGGGAUCGUGAUCGAAGGAGAAGCAGAUCAAGGGAUCGCAGACGCUCACGGUUAG